CGUACAGCGGGAGAAGGACAGGCAGAAUGGCUGCACUGUGCCGUAGCUCCAAAUGCACGGCAGAGAGGAAAGGAUUCCGGCGGGAACUAGAUUCCUGGCGGCAUACACUGGUCCACUGUGUAGGUUUUGAAAGUAUACUAGAAGGCAUCUAUGGACCAAGGCUACUUAGGGACCUCAGUGUAUUUGAGGACUGUGAACCAGAUGAGGUGAAUGAUUGGUCUAUGGAUGAAAACUGUUCAUUCUGCAACCUACAAAUAGAGAAAGUCAAUGAUCAUAUUCCUACUCUUUGUUCAUCACAGACAACUCCAACAGAAUCUCCAUCUCAGGGCCAGUCUAACACUGAGCAAAUUGAAUGCCAAGCAGACAAAUUUCUUCAUGCAGUCUUUCGAAAGAAAGACCUUCCUCAGAACUGUGAUCCGAACAUUCCUUUAGUUGCUCAGGAAUUAAUUACAAAAAUGAUCCGCCAGUUUGCUAUUGAAUAUGCUUCAAAAAGCCAUCAGAUGCAGGAGACAAAUGUAUCAUUGGUGGAUCUGGAUUCAGUUUGUAGCAGUCUCCAGCAACCACAAGAUCAAGAAGGACCGUUGGACCUCACUGUGAAUAGAAACCAACAGAAUGUUGAACAAGUAGAUGAGGUGCUUGAUCUGUCAAAGAAAACUAGUGCCACUUCAGCACCAAUGCCAUCUGAUGCAGCAUCAGGCUCCAAGGUGCCUGCUGAUGUAGACCCAUUGCCACAUCUGGAAAGCACAGAUGAAAAGUUGGAUCUAAGAAGAACAGCUCUUGAAAUGGUCAUAUCAUCCUUGUGUCUGUACCAUAAGCAGCUGCUUCUCAGUGUGUUGAGAUAUAUGCGUGAAGAUUACAGUAUUUCAGCUAUUCAAAAUAAGGACUAUAAUAGACCUUUUUCUUAUUCAGACACUCAUUUUUGCAAUUUUGAAAAUAAGGUGCAUCAGGAAAUACACAGUUUCAAAGAACACAGAAUGACAGACAGGUGUUGUGUUCAGUCUUGUAGGUUAGAUUUCUGCCUCUGCUUAAAGAAGAUACAUUGCUUAUCAUGCCAAAGUACAGCUAUCGGAUGCAUUAACAAAAUGGUCAGUCACAGAAGUUGUGAUGCUUGCACCCGUUAUAGAUGCCCUUGUUCCUGUCAGAAUUAUCAUAGUUGUGCAUGUGCUGCUGCCAUUGCAACAAGCCCGCAAGUUAAACCUCUGAAAAUAUGUAAUCCGUUGGAAGUCCGUAACGAUUGUGGUAGAACCGGCAGCCCAUCUCCUCCUCCAUUAUCGCCCAUAGCAAUUGACAAUAUUGAGAAAUACGGAGAAAGGAGCACAAGUUGUCCAGUGUUAGUUCACAACAGAAGUGAAAUAAGCAAUAAUCUGUCUCAAUCCCUUUUGCCACAUGAAGAGGAAGGUGAUGUUGAAGUGAAUGAGAAAAAGCCAGAUAAAGAGACAAACUGUACUAAAAUACAGCCAGCUAAUGAGGAGGGUGAUGCACGUUCAGAAUACCCUGAGGAAGAGUUAGAACAUACUGAAAGUGGAUCUUUGAUUCAUGAUCUAUUGGAGCGAAUAAAUGAAAAGCUGAAACCACUGGAAAAAGAAUCAAGUCUAGCAAAUGUAGCUGCUAAUGAAAAUGUAGAAAAAAAUGAAAAUAUUCAUUUAGGAGACAUUAUAACAGCUGUUCUGCACAAAAACAAUGGUAAGAAUGAUUAUAAUUUAAAGGAGCUUCUCAAUCAGCAUGAGAAAAGUGUGGAAAAUAAAACCAUUCAAACACGUUUCCGCAGAAGGCAAGAAACUCUAAUUGCAAUAAGUCACUCUCCCGACUCUUCCACCUCACGCCGUCAAACGGUACAGAUUAAAAGAGAAAUUGCUAGCUUUGACCAGUCUUUCUUCAGCAGAAAUCCAGCAGUGGAAAGAAGUGGAAAGAAAACUGACAAAAAAACCUCAAUUACACCAUGCAUGGAAGCAAUGCCUUUAAUUUCUGAUCCUGAAGAUGUUUCUGCUAAAAAUGGGCAACCUGCUAAUGACAAUCAAGUUCCAUCCUACCAAGCACAAACCUGUGAGCUGCCUUCAUUUGGUCUUCAGGAUGAUCCAAUACAAAUUUCACCAUGUGAAUCGGAUUAUUCAACCACAGAAAGUCAUCCAAAGACGUCAAAAAGCACUGAUGUAAACUUAAAAACACCGCAUAAAAGUAGUGAUGUAAAUGCAGAUGAAGAAAAGCAAAAAAAUUUUGAAGCAAAGGGCGUGUCCAAACCUGAAGAUGUUGGUGAUUCAGGAAGAGCACAAAGAAAUAUUGUUCCCCCUGAACGAUUUUCCAUGUAUGUUACAGAGCCAAGAAAGAUGUACCUUGCUGCCUGCUUUUCGGAAAGCCUUUUCAUUCAAAAAUCUCCCAAAGUUAAAAAAUCUUCUAAAGAUGGUGGGAGUAAUAGUGCAGCCACAAAUGCACCUCAUAAUGGAAUUUCCGCCCUGUGGAAGGAUCAGAUUAAAAGUUGUGAGGCUGCAAAUGUGACUCCAGAUUUAAUCAAUCCAGCUCUCCCAGAGAAUGUGCCUUUAAAUCUUUGUAACAGAUCAAAACAGAGACAUAAAGCUAGGGAGCCAGCUGUGCCAGAAGAAGCUAGCGCUUUAAAAUCUUCAAGUAUUACAUAUAAUGAAAACAAAGGCAAGAAACAGUAUGCACAGAAACGGACAAAGCAUUUAGUUUCCAGUUCUUCAAUAUGUUUGAGGUCUUCUGUCGCCCGUGUUAAAGAAAACUCACAGUCACAUUCUAAUAGUACUGAAAGUUCUGAGCAUUGUUCAUUCAUCACCAAUUCUAGUACACCCAUCAGCAAAACUGAUCUCCUCCAGACUGUGUCGGAUUCAUUUGAAAAUAAUUCUGUACUUAACUAUACUAGUCCAAUAAGACUGAUGUAUGUUUCUCAAAUAAAAAGUACUGAUGGGGUGAAAUACACAUUAACUUCGCAUUCUAAUACCAGUAAGGAAGGUGGUUCACUUAUCCCUUGCUUUGAAAGUGUAAUUAAUGGGGAAGAAGCAAAUGUACUGCAAGAAACAAGGAAUGAUGAGGAGGCCAUGUACUCACAAAACUGUGAAGCUGCCAAUGAUGGCACCAAUAAAGAUGUGUAUACUACUGAAGCAGAGCUAGCACUGUCUAGUAAUCAGAAAGAAAAUCCUCCAGAUACUCACGGAGAGAUGAAAGACUCUUUUCUAAAAAGAAAACCUGGCCGACCCAAAAAACUCGGGCCACAAAUUGAAAAACGGGUGAAGAGACCAAUUGGUAGACCACCAAAACAUAAGAGUGAGUGCUCUAAAUCUACUCCUAGUAAGAGUAAUGCUGUAGACAGUAGCAGUGCUGAUUGUUCACUGGCCAAAGAAGAUGAAUCCAAUAACAAGACUAUCAAAGUCACUGUGGUAUAUGGGCGAUCUAGAAGAAUAAAGCGGCUCGUAUCUGAAGGUGAUGAUAAUAUUAGUAAAGAUACAGAUUUUCAAAAUGACUCCUAUGAAAACCAAAGAGAAAAUGAAGAUUCAGAGGCAGAUUUAGAAGAAUCGUACAGAGGUGAUCACUCCAAGCAAGCUAGUACAAAGCAAGUGAAAGACAAUCACUUUGACUUUGUAAGGCCUGUAAAAGAUAAGGAGGGUGUGCCUCACCCUAGCAGCAACAUUAUUUGUCAAAAUCGAAAGGCUAUGGCUGCUAUGAGAAAGCCAGGGCGACCUGCAAAGGUGAGAAUUUCAGGCAUCUCGGUAACUGUCAACACAGUUUCCCCAAAGCAAAGGAAAAUUUGUAUUUGCAGGGAAUUGUCAGAAGUGCUUGAUGAGGAAUCUGAGCCAAUCAAACCAGAAAUUGAUGACAAUGAAAGUGCCACAAAAGAGCAAAUGGUUAAACAACCUUCAAAUGACAGUAGUGUAGGCCGGUCAGAGAAUGAAGACAAAAAAGUAAGAAACAAAAAAAGACCUGCACUGCCUUUGAGGCAUUCCAACAGAGUCAGGAAACCUUCGAUACACUUCCUGCACUCUGUGGCAACUUCUAGAGCAUUCUCUCAUAGUAAUGCCUUGCUACGCAAAUCUCGAAAACUGCUGUUAAACAAAGCUGAUAGUGAAACUACGAGACAUCGUCUGGCAAGCCUUGAAGUACCAAGCAAUGAUACCUCAGAAGUUACAUCUUUAGAGACCGAAAAUAAAAAUCCUCUGCCUGAACAGGUGGAUUUUAGCCGUAUAUGUGAAUUGUCAGAAGAUUCAAUUUUUGCAUCAAAUGCAGCUCUCAGGUGGUGGCCUAUCUCAACUUCAAGGGACCGUUUGCAAGAGGAGCUGCACAGGAGAUUUCAGCAAAUAACUAACAGCUGGCACUCGGUUGAUGUUGGCGAACUGGGAAAUGAACAAAGGGAAAGGGAACGCACAGUCCAAGACAGGACAUGGGCAAUGCCAAGAAGUGAACUUCAAGAAAACCAAGUGUCAGCUGUUAAAAUGUUAUUUCAGAAACACUGUGAUAUGAAUAACCUUUGUGCUUGGUUCAUGCAAACCACAGAAACACAGUCCUUGACCAUAGUAAGAAAGACAAAUGUUCACAAUCCUUCCAAAGUUCUCCAUUACAAUGACACCAUAGCAGCAAACAGAGCUGGUAUCUGCCCAAAUCCGCCAGCAGACCGUUUAAGCAAACACGUCAAAAAAUUUGUACAAACAUCCCCUACAAGACAUUUUCAGAUAGAAGACAGAAUGAGAAAGAGGAGAUUACAUGUUAGAAGAAGGCUGGUAUUAGGCAAACAGGGCACCAUUCCAUCAAUGAUCUUGAACAAGCAAGCCAAAAAAUUGGGAGAAAACACAAUGCGUAGAAAUGAAAAAAAUCCUUGGAGAAGAAAGUCCAAAUUCAUGUAUGGAGCGCAAAUCUAUAAGAAACUAGCGAGAAGGCAAAACACCCUAGCUCUGUCACUUGUUAAAACUUCUACAGAUAUCCAAAUGGAAAACCAUGAAACCCUGUUUCCAGAUACAAUGCCAUCUUCCUUUACUGGAAUCCAGAGUCAUGCACUAAACUUGCCAACCACCACUGAGGAACUGAGUAUCCAGCAGCAACAGCAGAGCACAACAGAAGACUCUGAUCUUGAAGAGAAAAUCUGUACAAAUAGGAGCCCAGGAACCUUGAAGGAAUGUAGGGUUUUUCUGACAAAAAUCAGCCCUCCAGAAAAAAAGAUCCAUACUGAAAGCAACAACCUUCAGUCACAAUAUACAGUUUUAGAUAAAUCUGUUAAAGCAGAAAGCAGCAAGACAGAUUGUGAAAUUCAAGAACGUAGUUUUUGCACAGUGAAACUGUACAAUGUUCUCUCCGCAAGUAAUAGUGUGGUUCCUGUCAGUAAAGAAAGAGAAGAGCAAACAAGCAAGUUAGAAAAUGACAGCAGCAUAAAAAAGGUUGCAUCUGAAGGAGCAAGGCAUACUCCAAGAAAGAAAAUAAUUUGUCAGCAAACAAAUAAUGAUGAGCCAUUGUGCGACAAAAAAUCAGAUAAAAACUUAAAAACUGGAAAGAUAACUAUGCUAACAAGAAAAAGAACAGGCCUCAACACACGUCUUGAAGAAGCUGCAAAAAAGAGAAGACCAUCUUUGAAUGGGUGGCCAUCAGGAAGGAACUCUCAUUGGUUGUUAGAAAACGCCAAAUAAAUAUAAUGGGAUAACUCAUCUCCUUAAGAAGCGAUGAAAACCACAAGAUUAUGAAAUGUGCCUUAAACAUGUAAUUUGCUGAAAAAUAUCCUAGCAUUAUCACAAUAAGCUGCUUUGUUGAAGAAUUUAAAAUGAUUGGAACAAAGUGUAAUUGAAAGAUUUGUGUUUAUUUGUUUUCUUGAUGCAGAGGUUUCCAUUUGUAAUGAAACAUUGAGUGUGUAAUAUAGUUAUUAUAUACCCAUUCAUCAGACCUGCACAUAUGUUUAUACAAGUGUGUGCUAAUAAACAAAAAGGCCACACAUUGGUCAAUGCUAUUUGUAUUACAAAAUAAAAAAACUUAAUUGGAAGAUAUAAAUAUGCCUCAAAGUAAUAAUGCACUCUGGGUAUAUAAUAUAUAUUUUUAACUAACACAUUAAGGAUACCAUUUUUUUUGCACUAUCCUCAAGUAGCACACCCUAGGUUCUCAAGAAAUUCUUUCUUCUGGUUCAAAUAAUUGUAUUUCACUUAUUUUCAUAAACAUCUAAUUGAUGCAGCAUUAAUCUUAACUUGUAUCUUUAAUGAACUGUUAGGUGUUUACCCAAGGUACACCUAAUAAAAUGUCCAUUAAUACUUUUGCUUCACAUUUAAGAUGUUAAGAUGUUGUAAAACUAUUGUUUCUCCAUGUGUAAAUUAAUUUUUGCUAUCUUUGUAAAUAGUUUGAAUAUAUUUGAGUGAUUAGUUGGCUAAUUGGAUUCCAUAUUUCCUUUCCACAAAUGUUGUUUUUGUAGGAGUAUAAACAAAACUACCUCCUGACAGUACAAAAUACACCACCUUCAAAAAGGGAAAAAUCAAUGUCUGUGGUUUUCCCCCAUUCACCUGUGUAACUGGAAUGUGAUCAUUUACAGUUCUUACCUAUUACUAGAUACAUGAGGUGAAACUUAACCCUAUUUCCCCAGUAUAUUGAACUCCACACCUUAUUUUAUUCUCUUACCAUGUAGAAGUUAAAAGAAAUGGUUUUAAAGCCUACUGUGAUUGUUAAAUGUGUCAUUGUGCAACAGGAUUCAGCGGCAUCACUAUGAAUAUAAGGACAUUGUGUCGUGGUUGCUUCUAAAUUUAGUAGUUUGACUCACUCAAUGAAGGUUUUUUUGUUUAACCCUCCGAGGUAAGGAGGUCAAGGUAAUCUUUUUUUCUUGAAUUUAUGCUGUGACAAUGAUAUGGAUUAAAAUAAGAUAUUAUUUACUAUUUUAUCUAUACAAGUGCUUGGUGCAAAAUCUUUGUUUACAUGGUAGUCAAACAAACUGAUUUUUAAUCAAGAACAAAAGUGUUUUUACAAGAUACCAUUUUAAUCCAUCUAAUUUCACCACAUCACUGAAACAAUGGGAAGCAAAGCUUUGGACAGGAUAUGAUAAUGAAAGUAAUAUUCAUGUAUUGACACAGCUAAAUUGUAUUGCACAACAAAGUCACUAUGUUAAGUAAAUCUCAAGUUUCUCCGAACUUCUCACAUCUAGAGGUACUAUCUAGUACAGGGAUCUCCAACCCUGCUCCUGGAGAGUUGCAAGGUCUUCUGGUUUUCGUUUCAAAAUCGAGCUAGUUACUUAAAUUGAACCAAUUAUUGGCUUAAUCAAGAUUAAGAUGUGUUCCAGAUCUUUAGCCACUGAUGUAAAGACACCCAUAAAAGAUGCAGGACUGGGGGCUCUCCAGGACCAGGGUUAGAGACCUCUGAUCUAGUACAUUCAGUGAAACAAUGAUAAAUGAGGUAGACUCAGUGUGACAACAGAAACAUGCAAAAAGAUUGGAGAUGCAGAAACAUCUUUGUCCUUAGAAGCAUUUAUACACUGGUGAAAGAACACCAAUCAAGGACCCACUGUUGAUCUUAUAGUUCUUUGAGAAAAUAAAUAUAUAUUAUCAAAACUAGUAUACAAAGAAAAGUAUUCUUUAAAACAAUGGUGUGUUUCAAAGUAGUGAGACAAACUAUUUAACAUGGUAGUUGCUAAACAAAUGCUCUUACCCAGAUUUUACUACACAGUGGAAUUGGAAAAUAGUAGCAUGUUCAGUGUGGAUUGGUUUGAAAAGUCCUGCACAGUAGUACCUAAAGGCAUCGUCAUCUUUACUACACAAAUUUCACAAGGGUAAGACAAUAUCACUCCAAAAAAUACACAAUCAAAUUGGUGGAAGUACUAGCUGCUACCAUCUCUCCUGUGCAGAGGUACAACAUGGAAGAAAUAACUUUGCUUUUAGUAUCUCGCCUUGCCAUGCUAACUUGACAAACCAUAAACAUCCCAUAAUUACGAAUUUACAGGUUGUACAAACAUGUUGGUGAGGCAGGGUGCUUUUGUCCCUCAAUAAUUUCAAAUUACAAUUCCAAGCAUGUACUUUUCCAAUGAUUUCAAAGUUAAUGGUUCUUCUAUUUGCAUUUUUGUAGAAAGCACCCACUAUUCUUUAAAAGCCUUCCAUCAAUGGAUUUUGAAAUAUCUUUGCAAAGAAAAAGAACAUUCAGGGAUGCUUAUUAUUUUAAGUUGCCCUGUGGCAAAAUAUGCUGGUCAUGGGCAGAUUUCCUGUUUACUAUGCAUUUAUAAACUUUUUGCAUGUAGGGUUUUUUUUGUUUUGUUUAACCUUUUAAACAAGGUAACACUAAAAGCAGACUGUCAUGUUUGAUAUACAUGGCAAAAAAAAAAAAGUUACUCCGUUUUCAGCAAUAUCAAAUUCUGGUUUAAAUAGACCAUUUUCCAUAACAUUGAGCAUAUUUAUAUAAAAGAAAAAAAAUCCUUUAGCAUUCAUGUGUUUUUUUUUUUACUAAUACUUUAUUUGUAAAAUGCUAUGCUCAUUUCAUGCUGUAUAAAUUCAAGCCUUAAAAUGUAAAAAUAUUUUGUAUAAUUUAAACCAUAAGGGGUUUGUGAUGCAUUAUUACUGUCAAACCCUUUGAAGUUUGUUUUUAUUAUGCUAUAUGUAUUUUUUUUAAAUAAAAGAAAACAAAGUUUAUACAUAGCUUUAAAAAGAUUGUAUUAAAUAAAGCUAGUGUCACCAAAUGAAUAAUAAAAAGGAUUACUGUUGAA